GCGAGGGCGCUGUUCACACUUUCAUUAUAGAAAGAUGACCGAGGACUCUACCAUUCACAUAAGCAAGCGGAGAUCAAAUGGAUCGUUAAGUCACAAUGGACCCAUUUGACACCUCUGAUCCUCGGGAAGGAGUAUCAAAGGGUGCGGCGACAAACGCACAGAAACCGGAUCCGUGGUCCCGAUUCUCCGCGUGGCUCGAGUGCGUGUGCGUCGUUACCUUCGACCUCGAACUCGGGCAAGCCAUUGAGCUCAUUUAUCCUCACAAUGUCAAACUUACAGAGAAAGAGAAAACAAGCAUCUGUUAUUUAUCAUUUCCUGACUCCUACUCAGGAUGCCUUGGGGACACUCAGUUCAGCUUCAGACUGCGGCAGUCAGUGGGUCGUAGUGGCUCUUGGUUUGGGCAGGAGGAUGCAUACAACAGAGCCGCACCUGUGAUUUUGCAGAAGGAGCAUGCACAUUUCCAUGGGUAUGUCUAUUUUAGACAAGUGAAGGAUGCAUCUGUCAAGAGAGGCUACUUUCAGAAGUCGCUGGUGUUGGUGUCCAGACUGCCCUUCGUGCAGUUGUUUCACUCUCUGCUGCAGGUUAUCGCCCCUGAGUAUUUUGAAAAGCUUGAACCUUGUUUGGAAACUGUCUGCAAUGAGAUUGACCAGUGGCCUGCACCGAUACCAGGGCAAACACUCAACUUACCUGUGAUGGGUGUGGUGAUGCAGGUCAAAAUUCCCUCAAAUGUUGAAACGUCAGGAGAAAGCCCUUCUAAACAGAUGCAACAAGAGAAUCUGCUCCCUGCACCAAUGGUUCUUCCAUCAGUUCACGAGCUGGAUCUUUUUAAAUGUUUCCAGUCAGUCCUGAUUCACGUGCAGAUGCUCUGGGAGCUGAUGUUGCUAGGAGAGCCGGUGGUUGUCAUGGCACCCUCUCCGACUGUCUCCUCGGAGACCGUGCUGGCCUUAGUCAGUUCCAUUGCCCCACUGCGAUACUGUGGAGAUUACAGACCUUACUUUACCAUUCAUGACAGUGAAUUCAAAGAGUAUACCACCAGAACUCAAGCGCCGCCUAAUGUUAUACUGGGUGUCACAAACCCUUUCUUUAUAAAGACCUUUCAGUGCUGGCCACACAUCAUUCGCCUCGGAGACUUAAAGAUGUCUGGUGAUUUGCCAAAGCAGGUGAAGAUCAAGAAACUGGCCAAGUUGAAAACGUUGGAUACAAAACCAGGUAUAUACACGGCAUAUAAGACCUUCCUUCACAAAGACAAAGCCCUCAUCAAACGACUCUUAAAGGGUAUCCAGAAAAAAAGACCAUCAGAGGUGCAGAGCGCCAUCUUGAGGCGGCAUCUGUUGGAGCAGACACAGAGUUUCAUUCAUCCACUUGAGCAGUAUUUGUCGAGUCUGAUGCCCCCACAGAGAUCUGUGUCUCCUUGGAAGACUCCUCCACAAAUCCGCUCCUUCAGUCAGGAGGAGUUUAUAAAGACUUUGGAGCAAGCAGGGUCUCAGCUUACUUCAGUGCUUAAAGGAGAUUGGAUGGGCCUGUACAGGAGGUACCUCCGCUCUCCAAACUUUGACGGCUGGUAUCGUCUCAGGCACAGAGAGAUGACUCAGAAAGUGGAAUGUCUUCAUUUGGAGGCCAUCUGUGCGGCUGAUCUGCUGGCUUGGACCAAAGACAAAUCAGAGGUAGAAAUCGUUGAUCUAAUCCUGAAGCUGAGAGAGAAACUGGUGAGAGCUCGAAAGUAUCAGCUUCCUGUCAAAGAAGAACAACUGGAGAAAUUAGAGCAGUCCAUCCAAACUAUCAUCAGCUCCCUGCCAGAAGAUCUACAGACAGUAUUACAUAGACAAUCACAGUCAGAGCCACAUGAACAUUGACAUGAACAGACUGAGAUCUGAGCCACAGUGCUAAUAUACCAGCGAUGUAUAAACCCCUCACACCUGUACAGGUAUCAGCCAGCAUUUAUUUUACCAGUAAGACCAUACACUACCUGAGAGGCCUUUCAUUUUAGAUAAACAGGUGAGAAACUAUAGACACGGCACUAGGUAACACACAGAGGACUCAGAAAGACUGCAGUUUUUAGAUUGCAGUAAUUUUAUGCUCCAAUAAACAUGAUUUUAGGAUUUUUUAUGCAUUUUAUUUAUUAAAUGGCAAAGCUUUUAUUCCUGUAAUAGUGGUUUGAUUCUUUUUUGGGACAUCUAAUCUGACAUGUUGGGGAACAAAACACGUACUGUAAUUUAUGCAUUUUUUUUUUUUUUUUACAUGGUGCUUUAAACCCUGUAAUGAUGUUUUGUCAUGGCAGCACUGAUUUACUUCACAAAGGGUGAUAUUUGGCCAAUUUGUUGUUUUUGUUUACAAAAGCUGACUGUAUGGACAUCACUAUGAGGAAAAAGGUUUAAUGUAAUUCACGGCUGGAUUAAUAGAUACAGAUUAGGCCUAAUCAAAUACUAGAACUGAUUCUUAAUAUAGGACCCUUAUUGAUAGUAUAAUAUAAUCUAGGAUUUAUGAACGACGUCUGCAUGGAUUCAAGAGAGAUGUCACAUUCUGUGCAAUUAUAAUAAAUGUUAGAAAAAGCGAUUUAAAUCUGUAUAAAUUGUGUUUGUUGGGCAUUAGUGGUAUUUUUUUUAAACUUUGAAAGGUAAAGUUGGUUCGCCUUUGCACUUUGUAAACUUUGCACUUUUUAUUUAGCCUGUUUUAGGUUAUCUGUUCUUGUUCAUACUGUAUAUUGAUCUGUCAGACCAGCUUGUUUUAAUUGGUUUUCUUUAUUUCAUUGCAAUUUUUUUUAUUUUGAAAUUAAACGAUAGCCACAGA